UUAAUGAACAGUUGACUGUCUGUCUGUCUGUUAGCAAAAUUCGUACAAAGGUUUACUAGGCACGCACGAGGGCGCCGUGGCAAGCCACCCCACAUUAUUAGGCUUGCACCAUGACGACGAUGUGCCGCGGUGGCAUAUAUAACACGGCGACAACUACAUCUAGCUGCAUGGUUGAGGAGAAAUGGCGGGAGCCCACACGUUCAUCUUCCCCAACUUCCUCUCGCUCUUCUUCCAUGGUGGCUGUGGGGCCGCAUUGCCGCCACCGCACCCCUCCGACGUCCUUGUCCACAAGCGGGCGCCUCCCUCGGCGCGGCUCACCGACGCAACCGCGCUGGUCGUCGACGUCGACGGCGGCUUGCUCCUCUCCUCGGGCUCCCUCUUCCCCUACUUCAUGCUGGUCGCCAUCGAGGCCGGCGGCUUGCUCAGGGGCCUCCUCCUGCUCCUCCUCUACCCUUUCAUCGCCUUCAUCGGCGGCGACAUGGCCGUGAGGGCGAUGGCCUUCGUCGCCUUCUGCGGGCUCCGCGCCACGAGGUUCCGCGCUGGCCGUGCCGUGUUGCCGCGGUGGCUCCUCGAGGACGUCGGUCUCGAGGCGUUCGACGCCGUGCGGCGGCAGGCAUCUGGCGCUGCCGGUAGGAGGGCGGCGGUGGUGUGGGCCAGCAGGAUGCCGAGGGUGAUGGUGGAGCCGUUCUUGAAAGAGUACCUGGAGGCUGACGUGGCCGAUGUCGUCGCGGCGAGGGAGAUGAAGGUGCUGUGGGGGCUCUAUACGGGACUCAUGGAGGAAGGGGACGGCGAGGCGGCGUCCGAGGCGAGGAAGAAGAUCAUGGAGGGCGCCAUCGGCGAUGAUGUCGUGGGCUUCUCCGGAGGAUCCAUGGAAUUUCUUUGCAACAACACUCUGUCGUCCUCGUGCAAGGAGGUGUACGUGGUGAGCGCCGAGGAGAAGAGCAAGUGGCGGCCAUUGCCGCGGCACGAGUACCCGAGGCCGCUCGUCUUCCACGAUGGCCGCCUCGCCUUCCUUCCGACGCCGCUCGCUACCGUCGCCAUGCUCGUGUGGCUCCCCUUGGGCGCCGCCCUCGCGGUGACCCGCAUCGCCGUCGCGAUGGCGCUCCCAUACAAGUACGCCACGCUGAUCCUCGCCGCCACCGGCCAGUCGUGGCGCCUCCGCGGCUCGCCGCCGCCGCCGCCGUCGUCGCGCGGGCAGCUCUACGUGUGCAACCACCGGACGCUCAUCGACCCCGUGUACGUGUCCAUCGCGCUGGACCGCCCCGUGCGCGCCGUGUCCUACAGCCUGAGCCGCCUCUCGGAGCUCAUCUCCCCCAUCGGCCGCACCGUGCACCUCGCCAGGGACCGCGCCCACGACGGCGCCGCCAUGGCGCGCCUCCUGGCCGGGGGAGCGCACGUCGUGGUCUGCCCCGAGGGCACCACCUGCCGCGAGCCGUACCUGCUCCGCUUCAGCCCGCUGUUCGCCGAGCUCAGCGGCGGCGGCGUCGUGCCCGUGGCGCUCGCCGUCGAGACGGCCAUGUUCCAUGGCACCACGGCGGGCGGCUGGAAGUCCAUGGACGCGCUCUACUACCUGGCCAACCCCAGGAUGUGCUACACGGUGGAGUUCCUCGGCAGGGUCGACACGGCGCCCGUCAGGGACGGCGGCGCCGCGAGCACGGACGUGGCCAACCGCGUGCAGCGGCUGAUGGCGGCGUCGCUCGGGUACGAGUGCACCAUGCUCACCAGGAAGGACAAGUAUCUGAUGCUCGCCGGCAACGACGGCGUGGUGCGCGCAAAAGGGGCAGCGUGCUAGUGACCGUGACGGAAAAAGAAUUAGAUGCAAGCGUCGAAAAAAAAGGAAAAAAAAAUAGAGAGAGACAGGACAAAUUUGAGAACGAGAGCUUGCUACAGCAAUAUGUACUCUGUAAAGUUGUAGACUACCAGUCCCUCUGUUAAAGAUAUAUAUACUCUUAAAGUUUUUGCA